UUCGGUCUUUAUUGCAGACAUACAAUAAAACAGCUGACAGUGUGCAGCCAUAGUAACGCCACGCCGCUCCUCUCCCUGAAGUGAUGUGAAUGGAAAGUGAAGAGCUGCUGCUGCUGCUCCUCCUCCUCCUCUCUCCAGGUUUAAGGUAUAAAGGGAGUCUCCUCCUGCCGGUGUGAUGGACGAGGAGGAGCCCAGAUUCCAGCAGCCUCUGGCGCCUCCAGUAUCUGCCAGAUUGAGCGGAUGCGCGGAUGAUGGGAGCGGCUGGGGGGCCGAGAUGAAGAGAUUCACGCUUGGAGGCGGGGCUGCGCGCAAAAGCUCCAGCAACAACAACGAGCUGUGGCUCCUGCAGGACGAGGACUCCUUUAAGGAACCACUGGGCACCGCUGACAGCGCCGACUCUGCUUUGUUAUGCCCCGGGGAGGCUGCUGGUGGCCGGGGCGGCUCAGCGUCAGAGCACCACAGAGGGGACACAGUUUCGGAGGCAAGCGUGACAGGAGCGGGGCCCGUCGGAAUGAUAUGCAACAAGAACGGAGACUGUAGAAGGGACCCGACCAGUUCAGGGAGCCUGUCUUCUCUCAUCUCCAGACAAGAGAAGCAGGCGGAUGGAGCCGUAGGGAGUGAGGACGGAAAGGGGCAGUCCGGGGGGGUGGACGCCUCUGUCACUUCCGCGGGGUCCCUAAUUCAGGGGCCCGUCGGGACUGAGGUCAAGACCAGCGCAGCGACGGAGAAGAAGGACUCCAGAGUUUCUUUCUCCAACGCCCGGAUAAGUAAAGGUCAGAUGCCGCCGGGCGUGCAGUCAAGAAACUCUGUCACUUUCACUAAAGCGGAGGACAGUUCUCAGAUAGUUCCGGACGAUGGGGACACCAGGGGGAACCAGACGUACAUGCAGCGGCAGUUCAGCGCUAUGCUCCAGCCUGGAGUUAACAAAUUCUCCCUGCGCAUGUUCGGGAGCCAGAAGGCGGUGGAGAAGGAGCAGGAGCGCGUAAAGUCUGCGGGGAACUGGAUUAUCCACCCAUACAGCGACUUCAGGUUCUAUUGGGACUUUACCAUGCUGAUGUUCAUGGUCGGCAACCUGAUCAUCAUCCCGGUUGGCAUCACCUUCUUCAAAGACGAGACGACAACGCCCUGGAUCAUCUUCAACGUGGUCUCGGACACCUUCUUCCUCAUGGACCUGGUGCUCAACUUCAGGACGGGCAUCGUGUUCGAAGACAACACCGAGAUCAUCCUGGAUCCCAAGAAGAUCAAGAAGAAGUACCUGAAGAGCUGGUUCAUCGUGGACUUUGUUUCCUCCAUACCUGUGGAUUAUAUCUUCCUCAUUGUGGAGAAGGGCAUCGACUCGGAGGUGUACAAGACGGCCCGGGCGUUGCGCAUCGUUCGGUUCACGAAGAUCCUCAGCCUGCUGCGCCUCCUCAGGCUGUCCAGACUCAUCCGUUACAUCCACCAGUGGGAGGAGAUCUUCCACAUGACCUAUGACCUGGCCAGUGCUGUGAUGAGAAUAUUCAACCUGAUCGGGAUGAUGCUGCUGCUGUGCCACUGGGACGGCUGUCUGCAGUUCCUCGUUCCCAUGCUGCAGGACUUCCCGUCUGACUGCUGGGUGUCACUGAACAAGAUGGUGAACGACUCAUGGAGCGAGCUCUACUCCUUCGCCCUCUUCAAGGCCAUGAGCCACAUGCUGUGCAUUGGAUACGGCAGGCAAGCCCCAGAGAGCAUGUCGGACAUCUGGCUGACCAUGCUCAGUAUGAUUGUGGGAGCGACCUGCUAUGCCAUGUUUAUUGGCCACGCAACCGCCCUCAUCCAGUCUCUGGAUUCAUCGAGGCGGCAGUACCAGGAAAAGUACAAGCAAGUGGAGCAGUACAUGUCAUUCCACAAACUGCCGGCUGACUUCCGACAGAAAAUCCACGAUUACUACGAGCACAGAUACCAAGGGAAGAUGUUCGACGAGGAGAGCAUCCUGGAGGAGCUGAACGAGCCUCUGAGAGAAGAAAUUGUCAACUUCAAUUGCCGUAAGCUGGUGGCCUCCAUGCCGCUGUUUGCCAAUGCCGACCCGAACUUUGUGACAGCCAUGCUGACCAAGCUGAGGUUUGAAGUCUUCCAGCCAGGAGACUACAUCAUCAGAGAAGGCACCAUUGGCAAGAAGAUGUACUUCAUUCAGCACGGGGUGGUGAGCGUCCUGACCAAAGGGAGCAUCGGCAUGAAGCUCAUGGACGGCUCCUACUUUGGCGAGAUCUGUCUGCUGACCCGAGGCAGAAGGACAGCCAGUGUUCGAGCUGACACCUACUGCCGCCUGUACUCUCUCUCGGUAGACAAUUUCAAUGAAGUGCUGGAAGAGUAUCCCAUGAUGAGGAGGGCCUUUGAGACGGUUGCCAUAGACCGACUGGACCGGAUAGGCAAGAAGAACUCGAUCCUGAUGCACAAAGUUCAGCACGAUCUCAACUCCGGUGUUUUCAACAACCAUGAGAAUGAGAUGAUUCAGGAGAUAGUCAAAUAUGAUCGGGAGAUGGUUCAGCAAGUGGAUGUUCCACGGCCACGAGCGAUGUCCAUGACCCCUCCGCUCCCCGGCGGGAUCUUUGCUCCUCCUGGCUCCUCCGCUCAGCCUCAAGACUCGGCAAUCGCCACCCUGCAGCAAGCCGUGGCGAUGAAUUUUUGUAACCCCAUGCAAGGAAACUCAGUGGGAGCAGGGCCCUUGCAGUCUCCUAGGAUGGUGAGGAGAUUCCAGGUGAUGCAGAGUGUAUCCAGCCCGGCCUCUGCUUCUCCGCUCCAGUCGCAACUCCUUGCCUCCGGUGCCUUUGCUCCAGUCUUGGCCAGCCCCACUGUUCAGAGUCCACUGGCUGCUGGAGGACGAUCAUUCCAGUAUGGAUCCAGUGCGCUGACCGGUCCGAUAUCAGGCUCCCAGCUAUCUCUAGUUCAGCAGCACAUCGCCAGUCCUGCACACCGGCCCAGCAUGCAUAAGAGCACCCAUUCUUUGCACCUGGGCAGCCUGAGCCAAGAUGUCAGGGCCCUGUCAGCAUCUCAGCCCUCACUGCCUCAUGAGGGGGUGCAACCAGCUGUCCCCAGUCCACCCCAGUCAAUACAAGUUUCUUCCACUUCUAUCGGACCCCCUCAGACGCCAGUGGGCCCCGCAAGCAUUCGGAGUGCAGUACCUCAUAGGGUGGUACUCCCCCACCAAAUGUCAGUGGGGGCCUUUCCCGUAGCAUCUUUGCCUGGUUCUGCGCAUGGGUUUGCAGCAGGGGUGACAGGGGGUAGCAUGGGAACAGGUCAGGGGGACACGCUACCGCCUAAAAAGGACUCGAUAACGAGCCUUCCAGAGACAGACCACAUGAAGGUGAGAUCUAGGCUAUCUUCUAACUUGUGAUCUUAAUCAAACUGUUCUAGCAGGAGUGACUGAAUGAGGAACACGAUCACAGGAACCUCUUCUUUUUCCAAGUUUGACUAUCUGAAUGUAUGAAUGUUGAGCGAGCUGGUAGCAUCCAAAAUAUAUGAAUCUAAUGACGUUUGAUUCUACAAGAGAUGUUUCUACUCACAGGUGUAGUUGCACAGUAAAGUAGCAUAUUUCACAGCAUAGCUAACAAUAUAUUCUUCAGUGUCCUCCCAUUCUCCUCAUAAAUAUAAACCUGAGGUCAGAUGGUUUAAAACUGUUAUUCAGGGAACUGCUUUAGAUAUCAGACGUUGGAACUUAAUUUGUGAUUAUUUACUGUAACUUUGUAAUGUGCCAGAGCUCCUUUUAAACUGUUAGACUUUUUUGCUUCAUUGUCUCUUUCAAUAUAUCUUUAUCGACUUUUUGGGAAGCACAAAUAAUAACAAAAACAAGAGACAAUUUUUUGACUACCUUACGACAACGGUAAAAGCCAUAUUUGAGAUAAAAUAUUAUGAUUGGACUGCUGACAGUAUUAAGAAAAUUAUCAUUUUACCGGCAUUUCUACUAGCAGCGAAAAUGUAAUGCACAAGCUCCCCCACCCCUCCAAGACUCUUAAAAGGAUAGUUUGUUUUUCAUUAGAUGGCCAUCAGAGCAAAUUUAGAUUGAAGAAGUAACAAUGCACAGGAAGAACUGGUCCUUAGGCUCCAUUCACACCAGACUGAGACUGGCUUAUGGCCUCCAGACCCUCCAUGACUGUUAGAAGGUUGCCGUGUCAGGUAAAAUCUCCAUUUCAAGAGGCAGUGAUAAUCCUGCUGUGCCUUUAGUACUCAUCAAUAAUACUGAUCAAAUAUGAUUCUUUUUUUUUUUUUUACGUUUUCUUGCAAACCUACAGACACAGGUGUCACAUCUUCUCUGAGUUGUGACACCUGGAUUAAUACAGGUAUUAGUACAUAAUAUUUAUGCACUAAUUUUAUCAGUCUAUAAAAUUAGUACAUAAAUAUUUUACACCACCAGUUUCAAUCUUACUAUGGUUUUCUGAAUCCUUUGCAUCCCGAGUAAUAAUACUAACUGGGUGCAACACUGUACAGACUGGCAAGUCUCUGGUGUGGGCUUAGUCUGGAGUGAAGGGAACCUUACCGAGACAGAAAGUAAAUCAUAGAUUUUGUUAAUUGAUAAGAUGACGUCAUAUCGAUUAUCACAAGGUAUAAUCGUUAUGAUAAGGUAAAGACUACUCUUAAAGUCUUCACGUAACCCCACUAUGAAAGAACCGAACCACUCAGUUAAGAUCACGAGGGAUGUUAUGAUCCAUUCUGAAACUACAGUGGUGUUAUAAAUGUGUUUUGUUUUUGGUUUUUUUUUAAUAAUUGAUUUGUGCUCUAGUUAUCCCCAUGUUUGUUCACUUUAUAGUUCAUACAUCUAAAGAGGGUGAGUUUUCAACCCGACAUCACUAUGCACCUUUCUGUUUUGUUUUUAAAGAAACAUUUACUGGAUCAACAACACCUUUUCAACCACAUGGAAAUUCCUAUUCCAUGUGGAAUAGUACAUAUUCCACAUGGAAUAUGUACUAUUCCAUAUUCCAUGUGGAAUAGUACAUUCCACAUGGAUAAUUACAGUAAAUUAUGCAAAGUUCAACAACUGGCUCAUCAAUGUUUUUUUUUGUUUUUUUAAAUAAAAAUGCAUAUAAAUCUGUAACUUACUAGCCAUGGUCAGAAAAAGGUUAUAGACAACAAAGAAACAUGCUUAUAUCUGCUGGAUGUAUCCAAAAAGUUAAAUAUACAAAGUUUGCUUCGGGCCUCUGCACCAACUAAUCGGACUCAAAUGCAUCCCAGGAAGCAGUUUUUAUUGCCCAGACUUGAACUGUGAUUCACUGCCAGUUACAAACUAGAAACUUAUUACAAGUUUAAUCGUAAACUCAGGCCCCCCAUCAUUGCAAUGUAAAUUCAUUCUUUUCUAAUACUGAGUUUUCACUUGCCUUUAGUGGCCGUUUAGGCGAUGCAUCUCUAUGCCAAAGUCAAUUCUCACAAAUAAUGAAUCUCCUGUUACCACCACAAUUUAGAUAAACAGCCAAGGACAGCGCCGAUCCCUCGCAGGACGUAUAUUGCAGAGUGCCUCUGUCAUUGAUGCCUCGGUAAGAAAUCAUCGAAUGCCACUGAUUUGUGUCCAAAAGCGUUAGGAAGAAGACCCUUUUCUCCUGGACCUGACAUUCUAUUCACCUCAGCUCACGAUUGGCUGAAUCAUUACAGGGUAAUGACAGUGGAAAAUGGAAUCCCUCCGGCCUGUUUGGGUUCGUUAUUAUCAUCCUUCAGCUGGAUUUCAUUAUACUGUGCCAAUAAUGAGUUCCUCUCCUAUGAUCAUUUUGCAUUUGCGUCCUGUUUAGUCUGCGUUCUUGCACAGUCAUCCACCUUGGGAGCUUCAAAUUGAACAAAAAAAGUUGACGGUUUUAAAGUAUUUUUAUGUCUUUUUUGUUGUUGUUUUUUUUAAAGAUCUAUUGUGUUGUUUUUGUCUUGUGAUUAAAUUAUGCCCACAGGAACUCAUUUGGAUACUCCAAAGUAAUUAAUACAGGCUUGUUAUGAGAAUUGUGCUUAUUUUACACUGUCAGGGUGCCAACAUCCUGGGAUAGAAGACGCAGUUAGUGACCAAAUUAGUUUUGGACCCAUAACCGAGACGAGAGCAAUGGUGCAGGGAAAAAGAAACCAAAACAGGACUUGCCAUAAAACAAUAACAGUUCAUGUAUACAUUCACUGGGCACCUUUUUGGGCACAUCUGUUCAGUUGCUUGCUCACACAAAUAAGUCAGGAAAAGACUUGGCAGCAUUUCAGUGCAAUUGGGAAUCUAGUUGACUCUCAAGUCAACUAGAUUGACUUUCAAGUCAACUAGAAGAUGGUUUAAAUAACUUUGGAUUUACCAUAGAUUUUGGUGCCAGAUGGGACAGAAACUGAUGAUCUACAGGGACUUUCACUCACAACUGUCUUUGGGAUUUCCAGUGAAUAGUUUAGUUGUGUAGAAGGAACUUUUAAGGUUACAACCGGUGCCUAUGUUUUCUUGGCACAUUUUGGACAAUUUAGUGCUAAUUGAGCGUUGUUAAACACAACAAUACCCCUGAGCAGGACCACCUCUUUCCCAUAUGGCCGCAGUGUAGCCAUCUUCCAGAAGGAACUGUACCAUGUCUUAAAGCUCAAUCUCAAACUCAUUUCUUAGACACUGUUCACUAUGGUGAACUCAUUUGAGAUAUGGUGGAUUGGGAAAUUUUAACUAAGGAUGUUCAGCCAACAAAUCUGCAGCAGCUUUUGAUCUGUACCAAGACCUCGGAGAGACGUUCCCGACACCUGGUUGAAUCCAAGCUACUAAAGAAUUAAGACGGACCUGAAGGCGAAACAGUGCUGGAACUAGAACUAGCCUGGUGUGCCUAAUAAAGUGGGCAGUGAAUGUAAAUUCAGAGAACCAUCACAGAGCUCCAGAUAUUGCAUGUAUUUUUUUUUUGACCAAUAAAAAAAGACAAUAAUUUUCAUAAAACCCAUCAGUUUAGAAUUAAACCAAAGCUACAAAUGAUGCAGCUUUAGUUACACAAAACUCGCCUAACGCAGAUCAGAUAUCAGAACAUUAAACGAAUCCAGUCGAUUCCUAUGAAUGUGACAUUUGUGACAAGCAAUAAUGGUCUAAUAGCAGACUGAGUGGCAACCUUAUGCAGAUGAUACUCAAUUAUACUCUUGAUUUGUCUGUGGAGAUGUAACAUUUUAAACCUUACACUGGUUUUUGAAACUGAAAACUUUGUUCGUUGUUUCUUUUUGUAAGCAGGUAACUCAGUUGAAACCACCAUCCUUACUAUGAAUAACUUGACUGACAUGGUUAUUUCUAUGUGUAAGCAUAGCUUGCAUCAUGUAAACGAGACUAUUUAUUUAUGUAACCUAGUUCAUUAUUAUUGUAGACCUAUUAAAAAAAGGGACAUGUUGAAAUAAUUAUUGUUUUUCUCUGGCAGAAAGCAUAUUAUGAUCUGGACUGAACUGACCAAUCUUAAGAAUUAAAGCAAAAGAAAACGAGUUGACAUGA